UGUAAAUGCUCGCAUUCGGAUAAUUCGCGCAGUGCAGUGCCAUCACACGACCACUCGUGGCAGGAUGUCGUCAUUGGAUCAAUUGUCGCAAAUGGUAAAGAAUCACCUUGGAGUUCAUAGUUCUCACAAAUGGAUUAUCGGCGAAUCUCAAGUCUCAGGUCGUGGACUCAUUGCUGCAGAAGAUAUAUCACCCGGAGAAGUGCUUUUUAUAGAUCAUCCGCUGAUAUAUGGUCCACGCUCCGGUGUUGACCUACCACGAGGAUGUACUGUGUGCUGCAAAUUAGAUAGUGACAUGUUCUUUAAGUGUUCAAGGUGUGCGCUAUUACUAUGUUCUGAAGAAUGCCAAAGUACAUGCAUACAUAACGAUGAUUGUAAUAUUAUUUCUCGUUGGGAGAAUAAAAUACCCAUGGAGGAAGUCGACGAUACGAUAAUGUCGCGAGCAUUGACAGUGAUAAGAGCACUAUUGUUGAAAGAGGAUCGGUUUCGAUUCAUGGCUUCUCUGUGCGGUCAUGAAGAUCCAAAACAUGGAUUUGAAGUCAAGCAUUUAAAAGAAUAUUUUAAUAUACCAGAUCACGAAGAAAAAAUUAUGUUACUUGCGUCUUACGUUAUAGAUACAAAUGCAUUUCAAGUAGCUAGUACAUAUGGUAAAAAGGAAAUGGAUACAAAAGGAUUGUUUCCUGUGUCUGCACUCUUGAAUAGUACCUGUGUGCCUAACAUAAGAUAUAAUUUUAAUAGCGAACGUGAAAUGAUUGUAAAAGCAACAAAACCUAUACCAACUGGUACCGAAAUAUUUACAUGCUACACAGGAAUUUUUUGGGGAACACCGGCCAGACAAGUUUAUCUAAGAAAGACAAAGCAUUUCUUGUGCCGAUGCGACCGAUGUGCUGAUCCGACUGAACGUGGUACUAUGUUGGCAGCUUUGAAGUGCUUUGCGACCUACUGUCCAGGAUCUCUUUUACCACUGGAACCUCUAAUACCGACAUCACCUUGGCGGUGCUUGGAAUGUGGUAUGCGAGUUCCAAGCAAAAAUAUUUUUGCAGUGCAAAAUGCCUUGGGAAGUAUGUUAGCAAGUUUGAACUUCAAAGACGUGGAUGACUUAGAAAAUUUUCUACUGAAUCGUAUUAAAAAAUUCAUUCCGAAAACAAACCAAAUAGUUAUUGAUCUCCAAUGUCGGCUAAUUUAUGGUAUCCACGAUAUUCGCCAUCCAGAUCUGUCGGAGUCCCGUCUGUCACUGAAAGAGAACCUGUGCCGCGGCAUCCUCCGCAUAGUGGCGGCUUUGGGACUAGGCGACGCGCACCAGCGAGGGCUGCUACUCUAUCACCUUCACGCCACGCUGGCUGAACGUGCCCGUCGCUCUCCAGACCUGUAUGAGGAACUCAAAUCCGAAAUAGAGAGUACUAUAGAACAAGCCUACAAAAUACUCCAAGACGACAUAUCCGCGCCGGCAGACCUCGAACUAAGACGCCAAUACCUCGGCCCAGAUAGUAAUAAACCACCAGAAGAGAGAUUUUUUUUUAUUUGAUUGUUAAAUUAAACUGAUUUAGACUUAUUGUAUAUUAACUGCAAUUUGUCAAUAUUUUAAUAGAUAAAAAGUCGCCUUUCUGUAACGGUGCCUAUUUUGUACAAAUAAAUGUGGACAAAAAUAAUGCCUCAUUUAAAUGAAGUCAGUCAAAUUUCACCCCAUAAGCAGGCAGCUUAUGCUGCAGCAACGAGAGCAUUCAGUUUUAUGCAAUGGUUUUAUGCAUUGACCUACCAAAAACUGGACGUCGGGUCUAUACAAAAACAUACGUCUCAUCCCGCUACCCGCAUCUAUCAUUC